UCCGGCCCAGAGCGAGGCCCUGUCGCUGCCGCUAUCGGGAGGCGCAGCCGUUACCCCGCCGCGCGACGCGGGGGCCGCCGUCUCGCCCCUCACCGGCGGCCCGGCCGGCUCGGCGCGGCGGCCAGCGCGGGGCUCAUGGCGGAGUUCUAGGUCAAAUGAUUAGUUCUGUGACAAGACAGCAUGACACUUUGAGUAUGACAGAAGCCCUGAUGCUGCAGGAAAGGCUGGGAAUAUUAAUGGCCAAAUCUAGAGAUCACAUGGUCUUCUAAAGAAGUCAUGGGUAGCUGUUGUAGCUGUCCAGAUAAAGAAACUGUCCCAGAUAACCAUCGAAACAAGUUUAAGGUUAUUAACGUGGAUGAUGAUGGUAAUGAACUGGGUUCUGGCAUAAUGGAACUUACAGAUACAGAACUAAUUUUGUACACCCGUAAAAGGGACUCUGUAAAAUGGCACUACCUCUGUCUCCGUCGCUAUGGCUAUGACUCAAAUCUUUUCUCUUUUGAAAGUGGCCGAAGGUGUCAAACUGGACAAGGAAUCUUUGCCUUUAAAUGUGCCCGUGCAGAAGAGCUAUUUAAUAUGUUGCAAGAGAUAAUGCAGAAUAAUAGCAUAAAUGUGGUAGAAGAACCAGUAGUAGAAAGGAAUAAUCAUCAAACUGAAUUGGAAGCUCCAAGAACCCCUCGAACACCUACCACUCCUGGGUUCAAUGCACAAAGUUUACCUAAUGGCUAUCCCAGAUAUCCAUCUUUUGGAGAUGCUUCAUCGCAUCCUUCCAGCAGACAUCCUUCUGUCGGAAGUGCACGGCUCCCCUCUGUUGGUGAAGAAUCAACACAUCCUUUACUUGUACCAGAGGAGCAAGUGCACACUUACGUCAACACUACUGGGGUACAAGAAGAAAGAAAAAAUCGAUCAAGUGUGCAUGCGCCACUGGAAUCAAAGCUUUCAAACACUGAAACAACUAAAAUGAAAGAUGAUCAGAUGUGUACUGAUGACAGAGAUGCUCAGGUUCUCCUGGAGCCUGAAGGAGUUAAGUUUGUUUUAGGACCAACACCUGUUCAAAGGCAGUUAAUGGAAAGAGAGAAACUGGAGCAACUUGGGAGAGACCAAGUUAGCGGCGGCAGCAGCACAAACAACACUGAAUGGGACACUGGGUACGACAGUGAUGAACGUAGAGAAACACCAUCUGGUAAUAAAUUUGUGUAUGAAAAUAUAAAUAGGUUAUCAAUCCCUAGUGCCUCAGGGGUCAGGAGAGGUCGUUUGACAUCAACCAGUACCUCAGACACCCAGAACAUUAACAACUCUGCUCAGAGGAGAACUGCGCUGUUGAACUAUGAGAACUUGCCAUCCUUGCCUCCUGUUUGGGAAGCCCGCAAGCUGAGUAGAGACGAAGAUGACAGUUUAGGACCAAAGACCCCAUCUCUGAAUGGCUACCACAAUAACCUAGAUCCAAUGCAUAAUUAUGUCAAUACAGAGAAUGUAACAGUACCAGCAAGUGCUCAUAAAGUAGAAUUUUCACGACGUCGGGACUGUACCCCAACAGUCUUUAACUUUGACAUUAGGCGUCCAAGUUUAGAACACAGGCAGCUCAACUAUAUACAGGUUGACUUGGAAGGUGGUAGUGACUCCGACAACCCUCAGACUCCAAAAACCCCCACCACUCCACUUCCGCAAACUCCAACCAGGCGCACAGAGCUGUAUGCUGUGAUAGACAUUGAAAGAACUGCUGCUAUGUCAAGCUUGCAAAAAGCACUGCCCCGAGAUGAUGGUACUUCUAGGAAAACUAGACAUAACAGUACUGACCUGCCUAUGUGAGCCUGGGAAGCAUUAAAUCAUUUGCACCUUUUGUGAAGUUUAUAAAAUGGAAGAUGCAAGUACUUUGCAUUUCUUAACACUAACGCCUUUUAUAGACUAAUAGAACUUUUUCUGCAUACUUCAUGUACUUGUCUAACUAAAGGGAAUUAAUGUAGAGCAAGUAUUCAUUUAGGUAACACUAUUUCAUUCUACAGUAGUAGUAAUUACUGCAUAGCAGCAUCACCACCUUUCACAGUGCCUCUUUAAAUUGAUUAGAGUUUGAGUGACAUGCCAGUUUUGAAUUUAUAAAUAUUCUGGUCUGGUGCCUAUACUUGUUAAUGGCAUUUAUAACACUUUUUAAAGCCUCUUGAUAUGUGCAUUAUUAGCAGGUAAACCUAAUCUUUCAAGAUACCCAUCUUAUGUUCAUUCCUCAUUGAAGUGGCUCCUCCAGAAUGAAAUGUAUGUAAUGCAUUAAUUCACUCAGUUUGACGUACACAAGAUGUAUUGGUUCAUCUCAAGGGAUAUAAACACCAUACCUUUUUUGUCUGUUUUUUGGUUGUUAGUUUGUUGUGUUGUGUGUGUGGUUUGUUUUUUUGUUUUUUUUUUUUUAAGACCAUAUGGGCAAGAAGGCCUCUACUUCCCAAUAAUUUUCUUAACUUGUGUGAUAUUAGAGAGGUCACAUUGAAGUUUGGCGAUCAGAGCUAUAAAUGCAUCUAAACCCAGCCUUAAGCUCCUUCCGCUAGAAGAGAAUUCUGAGUGGCGUAUCAAGUUCCCUGUGAAAUCUGACAGAAUUUUAAUCUCUAAUUAGAGUUUUGGGGUUUUUUUUGUGAAGGAAUUCACAGGUUGGCUGAAUGAAUUAAGGUUCUCUUGUAAUUUCUUAGUUCAAUGUGCCUUCCUUUCUUUGCAUUUGUCUGUUUCUUUAUCUGUUCCAUAAAGUCUUGUUUUAAAAGUAAAAAUUUUGUACAUAGCUUUAAUUAUUGUUCAGGGUCAUUUAUGUGUUUGUCUUACUCUCUGCAUUUGACAAAGAAAAUCUCUUGAAGGUCAAAUGGUUGUCUUUGUCCAGUGUUCUACUUUUUUUAUGCCUGACAGAAAUAUCCCAGCUCUCCAGCAGCAUGCAUUAUUGCACAACUGGAAAGGCUUAUUAUGCAGUUAUUGUCUUCCUCUAAAGCAUCAGACACAGGUUACAUGGGAGGCAGGGUACUGGACUUAGUUCUUUAUAGAAAAUUGCACAUUCUAGCAAUGUGUAUCCAUAGUUGAUAGUAUACUUUAAUUUAGAAAGAUAUGUAGUAAAUUAUCUGAAGGUAGUAUUAUCUACGAGCAUACUUCUUUUCCUUUUGCAGUUGGUGAACUUGGUUACAAUGAUGGCUGCUCAGUGUUACAGGUACAUCCAGGUAGAAUGUUGUUUGUCAAAUAUGCCAGAUGCACCCUUAGCAGAAGUUUUUGUGUUUAUUUUGUUUUGGG